GUAAGAUGCGCGGCUCAGAGCUGUGAGAGAGAUGCACCAUGGGCAGGAAUGGACCGAAGUGCGUCUCCAGGAAGACAGAGAGUCCGCUAUCAUGUCUCAGAGCGACCUGCACGGUCUGCAGGGAACACGGAGGACAAGUUGCCAGAGGACCCCCUUCCUUCUGCCGUAUGCCACUGUAGACUCCUCCGCCCAGAGCUGAGCGCCCCCCCCCCGGUGGAGUGCGUGUCCGUGCGUGUGUGUUGGCGUCCGUGCCAAAGGGGACCCUGCCGGCCUCCAUGGCACAAUCGUCGGACCCGCCCCGCAGGGCGAAGACCCCCGGGACCCAAGGCUCGCACGCGGCUACGCGCAACCUCCUACGGAAGAAGGAGCAGCGGCGGCGCGGAAUCCGAUCCUCCUCCCCCAUGGGCCGGGUCAUCCUCAUCAACUCUCCCGUGGACGGCGGGGACGACAGCGAGGACCUCCAUACGAUCACGGUGGACAAGAGCGUGGACGGAAGGCUCGGCUUCAGCGUGCGCGGAGGCUCGGAGCACGGCCUCAGCAUCUUCGUCAGUAAGGUGGAGGACAGCAGCACAGCGGAGGACGCAGGCCUGCUCGUCGGCGACAAACUGGUGGAGGUGAACGGCGUCAGCCUGGAGAGCAUCACCAUGAGCAGCGCCGUGAAGGUCCUGACGGGAAACAACAGGCUGAGGAUGGUGGUGAGACGCGUCGGCAAAGUCCCCGGCAUCCGCUACUCCAAGGAGAAGACCACCUGGGUGGACCUGAUUCACAGGCGCAUGGUGGUGGAGGAGAGCGGGCGGACGCCCUCGGAGGCCAGCUCCGGCGGCGCCCUCAGGAGGAUCGUCCACCUCUACACCACCUCCGACGACUGCUGCCUGGGCUUCAACAUCCGCGGGGGGAGGGAGUUCGGUCUGGGCAUCUACGUCUCCAAGCUGGAUCCCGGUGGCCUGGCCGAGCAGAACGGAAUCAAGAUGGGGGACCAGAUCCUGGCCGCCAACGGAGUGGGCUUCGAGGACAUCAGCCACAGCGGCGCCGUGGAGGCGCUGAAGAGCCACACGCACGUCAUGUUGACCAUCAAGGAAGCAGGACGAUACCCUGCUUAUAAGGAGAUGGUGGCAGAAUACAUGUGGCUCAACAAGCUGGCCAACGGCGCUCGGAAAUCCUCCUCCCAGGGCUCGGACUCCAACUCCUCAGCGUCCUCUCUGUCGUCUGGGACCCCAGUCAGCUCUCUGAGCGGCCUGUCCCAGGUCAUGUUCCCCCCCAGCCUGCCGUGUGGCUCAGACAUGGUGGACGUCUGCAUCUCCACCGAGGACCAGAGGUCCGAGUCCGAGCGAACCGAGUCUGCCAUCCAGACGGACCUGCCGUCCCGCAGGACGGGUGCAGACACCACGCGCAGCCUGGGACCCACCACUCUGCUCGGAGACACGGCGAUUCGCGGGGAGGACGGCAGGGCCAGGAAAGAGUUGCCGGGGACAGCCAUGCUGCUGGCCCUCAGCAGGCCCAGCCGACCAAUCAGCCGGUCGCAGAGCCAGGUCACCGUGGCAGAGGUCAAGCAGAAGAAAGAGAAGAAGCGGAAAGGGAAGGACCCAGAGGUGAAGAGCACCCUGCAGCGCUCCAAGACCCUCGUUGACUUGCUGUUCAAGGGUGGACGCAAGAGAGACACUUCCAGGGGGCGCUCCAAGUCCCCGUCCUCAGAAGGGGCUGGCAAAGAGGCACGACGGCGCAGCGCGACGCCGAAUGCCGAGAUGCUCGGGGCGGUGGAGGACAUGGCCCGUAGGCUGCUGACCGAGGAGGAGGUGGCCGCCGUGAUGAAGACGUGCCGACGGUACGUAGCGGAGCGGUCGGUGGAGAGCCUGAUUCGCCGCCUGCUGGCCCUGCUGGACCGGCCCGAAAAGCUGCUGCUGCUGAGGGAGGUCAGAAUGCUGCUGCCUCCUUCUGACCUGUGUGUGUUCAAUAACACGGUGACUCCCAUUGAAGGCGAGGCCUACGAUAUCCUCAAGUAUCGUUCCGUCCGGACCCCUCCUCUUCGCUCUCCCACAUCCGGUCGAGCACCCAAACGGCGCCUCAUCACUCCCAUCCCAGAUUACAGGGGAGGCUUCCAGCUCCACAGUGCUGAGGAGGUGGAGAAGGAGAGCCACCUACUGGAGGAGCUGGAGAAGCUCAGUCUGUCCGGACCCCGGGGGUCCAUGGAGAGGCCCCUCACCUCCAGGUCCUUCACCCCGCUGCUGGACAUACCGGUGGACGGAUAUAACACAGAUUCCAGAGACCUCGGGCCCCCCUCUGCCAGUCCCGCGCUCCCCAACUGGCUCCUGGCCCGCAACAGCGACUCCCGCCCUCCUCUCCGAACAGACAUCGGCACCAUUCGCUCCGUGCACUUUGACGAGGUGUCGCUGCACUCGACGUCAGACAAGGCGGACACGGAGAGAGGACGGCCCCCGUUCAGAAACGGCCACUCUCGAGGCGGAAAGGAGAUAAGUGGAGACGGGAGUGACGAAACCGUGUUCACGCUGCAGCGUGCUGCUCGCAGGAGUCGGCCUUUGUUGUCGCAGGUGUUCGGCUCGGGUCCAGAUCCUCAAGUCGGGAGGGACCAGAUGAACGGCCGCCAGGCGUCCUCCGAGAACGGACUCGACGGCUCCGACCCCGAGCAGGAGCACGAGCUCAAAACUGUCAGCAUCUCCAAGACCAAACAGUCCCUGGGCAUCAGUAUAUCUGGAGGGAUGGAGUCGAAGAUUCAGCCGGUGGUGAAGAUCGAGAAGAUCUUUCCCGGAGGAGCCGCCUCCACCUGUGAAGUGCUCAAGGCUGGGUUUGAGUUGGUGUCCGUGGACGGCGUCUCCCUGCACGGAGUUACCCACCAGCACGCUGUCGACAUCAUCCGAAAAGCCUUCAGCAACAAGGCCAGAGACCCCAUGCUGUUUGUGGUCAAAGUCCCCAAAAACAUUUAAGGGGAAGUCUGAGACGCUCAUCGGGAAUUGAGAUAAAUGCCUCUGGGAUUUAACACGGAGACGGGAAAACUUGAACACACACACACCCCUGAAACGCACUGCUGAGCUCUUUGGUCAGGUAUGUGUGUUUUUGUUUUUUUGUUGUUUUUUUUUGCCAUUCAUGUUAAAGUCAGGAAUGAUGACAUGGACACUGGUGACUGUUGAGCAACUUUUUGAGCUGAAAAAAAAACAAAAAACAAAAUGGACUGAGGCAGCAGGUCAAGGGCCUCCAGGAAGGUUAAGCAAACGAAGACAAUGAACGUACGAGAGGAUGCAAACACAGAUGUAGCAAAAGAGAUUUUCCACAAAGCCCGAAUCGUGAACAAGUGAUGCUCCUGAUGCCUUAAUAUAUCGCUUCAUCACAACCCUGGAGCCAAUUCCUGUCGAGAACACGGUUUUCUUUUUACAUUUUAUAUUGUAUUGAUAUCCAUCAGUGCAUAAAACUCUCAAAAAUA